AUGAGCCGAUUCCUGAUUGUGGAACGAUUAACGGCGUUGGGAGAUAUGAAGGAGGUCCAUCAGUCGUACGCCCUCGGAUCAAUGUCAUUUCAGGAAAACGCUACCGAUUCCGUAGACGGCAUCAAUCAUGUUCCCCGCACGGUCGACGGAUUUGAUAUUCACGCCGGCCAACGUUAUUCCGUGAUUCUAAACGCUAAUAAGCCUGUUAAAAAUUAUUGGAUUAGGGCCCCAAUGGAGCUUCAGCAUGAUAGCGAUAAUGAUAACCUUGACCCUGAGAAUGUCUAUGCGGUUUUGCACUACGAGGGAGCUUCUGCCUCCGAACCUACGACCAAAGCUAAAGGAAGCGUUGAUAACCUCCUGAAGGAGCACGAGCUGGUCCCCUUGGAGAAUCCUGGCGCACCAGGCGGGAACAGUCCAGCUUCCCGGACAAUUGAUCUGUCGUUCACUCGCUCUACGGUCAACGGCGAGCUUCAGUGGACGGUAAAUGGGAUCAAAUAUCACCCUCCGACCGUUCCGACCCUCCUGAACAUUAUCGCCAAUGGCUUUACCAGCGAGAAUGAUUUCGCAACAUCAGAACACACAUAUGUCAUCAAUAAAAACGAUAUAGUUGAUCUGGUGAUACACGGAUCUGCAAAUG